AUGUGGGAAGGAGUAAAAGAUGCACAAUGGAGCUUCUUGUCUCCUCCCUGGCAGCUACGUGAUAAAGGCACGAGAACCGGUCAAUAUGAGCUUUUCGUGGAUGAUUCUGCCGGAUCGGCCGAGACCGGUAUUCACAAUGGAAUUUACAACGAAGACAUGGCCGUGGCUAUAGUUGACGAAGUCGAGAACAAAAACUUGACGCACAAGCAUUGGACAUGCACUGGCCCAAUUGGCUUGAAGGAAUGGUAG